CUUCCUUUGUUGAAUGGAAGCUCUGCGGUACCGAAAAAGGCAUUGAUGGCUUGGCGCUAAUAUUACUCCGUAGCAGUUGAAAGGGAAUCGCUCCGAGUUGUACUCUCCAUACUAUCUGCUUCUACACUUCGGUCAUUCGCUCUCUGUACCUCCAGCCGUUUUCUGUCGUUUCUUUAAAUCUUCGGCAUUUUCGUGCUAAAAAUGAAGAUUAUCCGCUCGCUACCUCUUCUCCUUACUUUCCUGUCCGCUGUCUCUGCGGACGUUGAAUUCACCGUUCCGCCAGCCGGCUCUACCAUUAAAGCUGGGGAUGUCAUAACGGUACACUGGAAGGAAAGUGGAAAUCAUCCUACCAUUUCGGAGCUUGCGCAGUAUGAUCUUUAUCUUUGCGCUGGCGGGGAUACACCAGAUUCCUACGAUGAAGCGGAACUACUUAUAAAGAAUGGCGUUUUUGAACGAGGUAAUUCGGUAUCUUUCAGGAUCAGCCCAAGCGUCGGUGGGGACGAUGCGAAUGCAUAUUUCCUCAAGAUGGUAUCUUCCGGGCCAGGGACUUCUAUCAUUAAUUUCUCGGACCGUUUUACCAUUUCCGACACGACUGGUUCCUUUUCAGAUAAAAUCAAAGAAAAUGUUCUGUCGAUCUCGGAUCCUAGCGGGCAGAUGAUCAGAGCGCAUCAUGAACGGGAAGAGCUUAGAAAGCGACAGAAUAUAGGGGCAUACACCAUUCCUUAUGACCAGCAGUCUGGCUUGACAAGAUAUGCUCCAAUGGCCAAGAGACCUGGAACUGCCAUCACUGCGACAGUCACAGCUCCACAAUAUCCGACGAGUGCCUACGCUCUUGCUACCACCUACCUCGCCGAGGCUACUAUUAAGACCACUCUUUCAGCCACUGCAACAUACAGCGUCUCCAGUGUUGAGAACACGGCCCCUGCCGCUUCGCAAGCUACUGUUGAUUCGAAAAUGAAAAGGUUCUUAGAGAGAUGGAAGGAUUGAACACCUCAUUGUCUCUAUGCGGAGUUGUAUGGUUGAGCGUCUCCAGGGAGCUGGUUCCCAGGCGCCACAUUCGUCUUAUUUUGUUUUGCAUGGGCGUGGCGUUUCGGAUUUGCAAUUUUCUAGAUAUCAUACCUUACCUUGUAGUCUGUCCUGCUGUGCUUCAGCAUCCAAUAGUGAUAGUCUCUCGUGUGCCUCAGAACUCCAGUUAGAUCUCGUGUUUCUAUACCGAACUGUAUGUACAAUAGUUUUUUUUUUUUUUUUUUUUUUU